UCCGUGGUCUAUCUGGAUUCCUCGGCCAUCGUGAAGCUCGCCGUCUCGGAGCCGGAGUCCGGCGCCCUGCGCCAAUACCUUGCUGCGCACGCUGAUCGCGUUUCGAGCGGGCUUGCCCGCGUGGAGGUGCUGCGGGCGCUGCAGCGGACCGACGCAAGCGACGCGACGGUGCUACAUGCGGAACAGAUUUUCGAGCGUAUCGCCCUGGUGGCCCUGGACGAGCCGGUCCUGCGCGCCGCGGCCCGACUCCCACCGAAAUCGCUGCGAAGCCUCGACGCCGUGCACCUCGCCACGGCGCUGUCUCUGGAUGGACUCGAAGCUUUCGUGACGUACGACCGGCGGCUGCACGCCGCGGCCGCGGCGGUGGGCGUGGCGGUCGCGGCGCCCCGCUGA